AUGAUUUCCACAUCCGAUCCUAUUAUUGUCGUCGGCGCUACUGCUGGCCUCUCGGUAGCACUACAUCUUUCGCUACGCGGUUACACAAAUGUUUCGGUGUUUGCAAAGAAUGAUUCUAUCCCUUUCGGAGACUUGACAAAUGUCUAUCGCGCAGCACAAGAUGCAGGCGUACAAUUUUUCCUGGGACACCAUGUCGACCAAAUAGCCUACGUGAGCACAUUGACUGGGAAAAAGAAUGCCGGUAUCCGCACAAGGAAUGGGUUUUAUCCCUCCUCGCUCGUCAUCAUCGAGACCGGGGCUGGGGAUAAUUCAUCCGAAAUUGGCCACUUGCAUGCCCCCAACGCCUUGGCCAUCCCCCUUUCUUCCUAUACCAACGUCAACUCGAAUCUCCUCGUCGAAUAUGUACCACAGACUUCUUCUUCGGUAAUAUUACUGUCGAGAAACUCAUCACAAAGCUCCAAGAUGUCUUUGGUGGGACCCCUGGUCCUAGAUCUCUUGGCGACAACGAGUGGCCAACAAUCGGACAAUUCAUCUCAACCCUUGUCUAAGCUGUGA